AUGCUGCUUGGAGUGCAUACACUUCAAAGGUCUGUGGUCCGUCUGCAACACAAACUCUCUUCCCAAAAGGUGUUGGUCCCAGCGAUUUACAUCCAACUGACUGGAGAACAGGGGUGCUGUGGAAAUCGCUGUGGGAUGUUCUUUUCAAUUGCAUUCGCUGCAGAGGGGGUGGUCGGUGCGCUGUACAGUUUCAUUGUGGCAGUGCUCGGUUUGGAUAAUGGGCCCCUCUGCUAUGCUGGUGGGAGUUGGACGACACCUUUCAAAAACAGUAAUCCCCCCUACCUGACCGACUAUAAAUUGUGGGGAGAGUGCAGCGAGCCGAAGAACGUGGUGCAGUUCAACACUGGAUUGUUCAUCACCCUGGUGGUGACCAGCUGUCUGCAGGUGUUGCUCUGUGCCAUCCAGAUGAUCAACGGCCUCAUUGGCUGCCUGUGUGGAGGCUGCAACAAGAAAGAGCAAGCAUGAGCUCCUGAUCAGGAGGAGGCACUCAUACCACAUCUGAAGAGGUGCCUGGCGCUCCCUGCUGGAAGACUGGGAGUAGUGUUCUUGGCUGCAUCUGCAAAAAACAUUCACUUUGAAAUUGUUGUUGUCUCUAAUAACAGAUUUCCAUUUUUUUAUGUGCAUUUAAUAAUACUUCACACUGUUGCAAUGUAUUAAGGUGUGUUGUGAAAAGUGCACAGAGAUUAGAAAUAAUUCAUGCUAUAAUACAUAAGACAUGUUCAAGUUUAAAUAAAUUGGCUUAAAAAAUAAACUGCUGAUACACUGCUA